AUGCAUCACGAGUCAACCGGAUGUCUCUAUAUGGUGUGGCCAGUCACCACAACCAUGUGGACGUUGGCAGCAUCCGCGAGGGAACAGAUGUCCGAACCACCAAUCAUGCUCCGCAACAUACCGAACAAGGUUGACCAGGCAAUGCUGAAGCGUAUCGUGGACGACUCCAGUUGGGGCAAGUACGACUUCAUGUACCUCCGGAUCGACUUUGCCAACGACUGCAACGUGGGCUAUGCUUUCAUCAAUUUUGUUGACUUUGUCAACGCGCGCGGCAACCAGCGGUGGAACUGUUUCAAAAGUGACAAAGUAGCCGAGAUCUCAUAUGCCACAAUUCAAGGCAAGGAUUGCCUGGUGCAGAAAUUCCGCAAUAGCUCUGUGAUGUUGGAGGCAGCGCAUUACCGGCCCAAGCUAUUCUACACCUCCAAUGGUCCUGUUCCGAAACUUGCGGGCCAAGAAGAGCCUUUUCCCCAGCCUGACAAUCAGUCCAAGAUGAAGCGAAGUUGCGAAAACGCAGAACACGUUGGUCUCUUCACACCCAACGCUGGCCAACACUUCCGUGAUGAGCAGCGCCGAAGACGCUCACAAUACGACCGCGGCACAAGACUUGCAGCACUGGAGGAGCAUGAAAUCGAGACAGCCAACGAAUCAUACAUGCAUUACUCCCGCUGAAAGCGACGCACAAAGGCUGGCAGUUGUGCCUGGCUUAAACCCGAUGGAGUAUAGUCCGGUUAGAUGAUGGAAUGUUGGAGGGUUCCAGUGUCUCUUUGUUCUUCUCUUUUACUUGUACACAUAAGAUUGCGUCUGAUGUGUGGGAUUGUUUCAGGGUUGCUUGUUAUGUAGAGAGCCCAGCAAAGUUUGAGCGGGUCUCAUGUCUAAUAUUCAUACGUAGCUGAUGAAAAGUCAUGUC